AUGGCGCGCGCCAGCGCCUCGGCCACGCGGCAGACGGCGCCAUGCGGCGCGCGCGUCCACCGCUGGGCACCGCCGCACCGCCCCCUCCUCCUCCUGCGCAUUGCUGCUGCUCUCACGGCGGCCUUCUUCUACUCGCGAGUGGGGGCGCUGUCCGCGGACACGAUCUGCGGCAAGAUUCCGGGACUGACGCCACAGCAGCGGGCGCUGUGCCGGAGCCACCCGGACGCGAUGGUCGCGGUCGGCGAGGGCGCGCGGCUGGGAAUCGGCGAGUGCCGGCACCAGUUCCGAUUCAGCCGCUGGAAUUGCUCGGCGCUGGGUGAGGAGACGGUGUUCGGCCAGGAGCUCCCAGGCGGUAGCCGAGAAGCGGCCUUCGCGCACGCCGUGAUGGCGGCGGCCGUGGCGUAUGCCAUCACGGCGGCGUGCGGCCGGGGCGACCGGAGCUGGUGCGGCUGCGACGGCGCCAAGCAGGGCGGCUUCUACGAUGCACAGGGCGGCUGCUCGGCCGACCUCAGCCACAGCCUCGAGUUCUCGCGCCUCUUCGUGGACGCGCGCGAGGUCCAGCGGAGCGCACGCACGCUGGUGCUGGAGGAGAAGAUGAAGACGGUGUGCAAGUGCCACGGAGUGUUGGGCUCGUGCACCACCAGGACGUGCUGGGCCACGCUGCCCCAGUUCCGCGAGGUGGGCUCCGCGCUCAAGCGCAAGUACGACGAGGCGGUCCACGUGGAGCCGGACCGGCUGACGGGCAGCGUGGGCACGCGCGGCCGCCCGUGCAACCGCACGUCGCCGCACGCCGACGGCUGCGAGCUGCUGUGCUGCGGCCGCGGCUACGACACGCGCCAGUACACGCGCUCGUGGCAUUGCAAGUGCGAGUUCCGCUGGUGCUGCUACGUGCGCUGCAGCACGUGCAGCGAGGCGGAGGAGUACACGUGCAAGUGA